GGACCUUGUUUUGAAUGGUCUACCUCCCUCCUUUUUUCUGAAUUUCAUGCAACCGACAAUAACAGAUGGUCUUUUGGCUAUGAUGUCUAACGUUUUCAGCUGUUGGCUGGUCGCAAGACGAGUGAGAGGGAUGGGCGGAGAAGUCCUCCAACACACAGGCAAGAGAGGAAGAAGCCCAUGGGUACCAGAAGUGAGUGAGUGAGAGAGAGCGCGAGAGAGAGAGAGGGAGGGAGAGAGAGAGAGAGGAGGCUUGAGAGCCAGAUAACUUUUUCCAGACGUGACCACCAGCUAGCCGACUGGCUAGUUGUGCUAACGUUAGUUAGAUACGCUGCAGGGAAACAAGGACUCUUAUGAAUAAACAUUAAAACACUCAGCGACUCUGGACACGCUCAAACAAUAGUCUCCCUCCUUUUUGUUAUUUUUUGAAAGGACAAAAGCUAGCCAACUGUAGUAGCCUACUGUACGCGUUUUCCAGCUAACGGCUGAGUCAACAACAUUUUUGAAUGGACAUAAUUCAGCAAUCAUCUUUUGGCUUGCUUAUUGCAUUUGUUUAACUCUUGUUAUCCUACUUUAUUCGCCAAUCCAUGCCUGUCAGUUCCCACGGAAAACACAAGACCCACGAAGCUGACGUGAGUCGAAACCUGCGUGAAAAUGAACCUUUUUUGCUGGUGCUGACACCCAUGCAAUGAAUCCAAGAUAACGCUCCAGCUUCCUCGACCCCAUCCCUUUAGACCCUGCCUCCCCCACCUCACCCCAUCUCUCUCGUCACCCAAAAUGGCCGACCCAUCAGGGCUUGGGUCAGAAGGGAUGGUGCCUGAGGAGUUGCCGGGUAACCCCUGUCACCUGGAGAUUGUGAGGAACUAUGAGGUCAUCCCUGCUGUCAUCUGCUCCAUGUGUUGCCUAUUUGGCAUCAUCUACUGCUUCUUCGGCUACCGCUGCUUCAAGGCGAUCAUGUUCCUGUCUGGCCUGAUGUUCGGAUCGGUCAUCAUCUUCCUGCUGUGCCACAAGGAGCGGGUGCUGGACACCCAGCUGAGCGUGGAGGCCAGCGCGGGCAUCGGCCUGGGAAUCGGCCUGCUCUGCGGCCUGGUCACCAUGCUGGUGCGCAGCGUGGGGCUCUUCAUGACCGGCCUGCUGCUGGGCCUGCUGCUCGCUCUCGCCGCCCUGCUGGUGACAUACCAGUUCUACACACCCACCACCGUCUGGGUGCCCCUGGGUGCUCUGCUGGGCACGGGCAUGCUGUGCGCCGUGCUGACCCUCCAGUGGCAGCGCCUCUUCACCAUCCUCUCCACGGCCGUCUUUGGGGCGGCCAUUAUGACCAUCUGCGCCGACUACUUUGUGGAGAUGCUGGCGCUGGCCACGUACGUGUACGACUGCCUGCGUCUGGAGACCGCGCCGGCCCCGCUCUGCUGGUACAGCUGGGUCAUCCUGGGCAUCUGGCCCACGCUAAGCUUCAUGGGAGUGCUGGUGCAGUGGAAGCUCACGGCUGAGGGCUUCUCCCAUACAGAGGUCAUCAUCAGCAGGAGGCAGAAGAGGGUGCAGCUGAUGCGGAUCAGGCAGAAAGACGCUAAGAAGCGGCAGCAGGGCUGCGGUCAGGAGGGAACGUACCGCCGCAAGCCCACCCCCGUCAAACGCUACGCCGGAGACCUGCUUGCGCCGAGCUACUUACAAAGUCUGCGGGAUCGUCAGAUGGGCACAGGGACUUCUCUCAGCAGCCUGGGCACUGCCAACCACACCAUGAUCGAUUUUGACUAUGAGACGGGUUCCACCGUCCCCCUCACUGCCACCACGCCUGUCAUACGAGUCUGAUUGGACGCAUAGGAGGAGUCCCUCUGAAGACCCCGCCCCUUCCCAUUUCCUGCACGUGCUCUUUCCCUCAGAAAUCCCCGCUCGCUACGUCCUGGAAAAGAUCCUUUACAAACGGAAAAAAACAUCACCUUAUCAAGUGCUGUCCUUAACAUCGUAGACUGGAAGGAAAAAAAAAAAACGCUCUGGCUGUUGUCAGUCAAUACUCCAUCACAUCAUCUCUGUUAAUUGUGCUGUUUUAAUGGAACUGAAUGGAAGAAUCACAUCUCCCUCUUGUAGUCCGUCAUCCUCACCCAGAUUGUGUGGUCCACUUCUUGAGCUGUGUCAGUGGACCUGUGGACUGGGGUUUUGUGCGAGAGCAGUGGAGCAGUAGACUGAUGAGAGAGGAGGACAGAAGCCUACAUUUGCAGUGCAGUUCCCCUGGCUGUCAGUGACUGACGUGUGACGUGUCUGUUUGAACCACUCUGUGAACAAACCCGGCCAUGUUUUUUUGGCCGCAAACUGCAGCAAGUCUGUGUGAAAAGAGUUGUGUGUGUGUGAUUGGUUGUGUGUCGCUUUAUGUGCAUGAGAGGAUGGGAUAUUCACAUUCAGGCAUCACCCUAAAUAUAGAGGUGCAAAAAUGAAUGCAGUGAAAAUACCACAACCCUUACAUUAAAUUGCCAAAAUGGCAUGAAGUGAUGAUUUUUUUACCCCUCUACAUGCCUGCCCUUCCUUUGACAAACAGCUCAGCUAGUUGUUUUUGGAACCUUUCAUGAAGGAAAUGAUGUCUUGGGACAUCUGUCAGCUUGAGAGUUUUGCUUGGAUCUUGGAUUCCUAGAAUCUUGCCCUGGUGCUUAUGUCAGUAACGAGAAAUGAGCAGUGCACAGACUGAUGAAGGUAGUCUCACACCAUCCUCACUAGUGCCAGUUUUAGUGUGUGUGUGCCUGUAGUCUGUGUCUGUACACAUGGGAACAAAUGUGUGGAUAUGCAUUCAAUUUUAUUUCUGGUUCUGUCCAGUCAUUUGUAUGUGACUGUUAAACUCAGUGAAACACCUUACAAUGUGGUCUAUAUGAGCAAAGCAGUCACCGUGCAGGCCUCAGUGAUAGAAAAUCUCAGGGCUGAGCAUUAGCAGCCAUUUUGUAAAUGCUGGAUCAUGAGUAACAUGGUUAAGCCUGGACAUUUUAAUGAGAUGAACAGUAGCUAGCAUACACAACAUUAGCUAGAAUGUACAGUAGGCGUAACAGGUUUAACAGCUGUAGCAUUAAGACUGAAAAAAAUCUAUCCAUGGAACUACAUUCGUUACUUUGCAUUGCUCUGUUUUGCUUGUUGUUAUGUUGUUACUGCAGUUUUUCAUCAACUAUUAUAGAAGAAAAGAAAGUUAUUUUGUAAUUUAUACAAGUAAUAGUGUUGGGGAAUCUUGUCAGUGAAAAAGAGGUUUCAGCAUAUGGGUCUGAACAUUGUAGAUUACUAAAGCAUGUGGUGUGUUCUUUUUUAAAUUUUGUUUGACUUUAUUCUAUUUGUAUUUUAUUUGUAUAAAAAAUACAUGGACCUUGCUCCCAUAACUAUCCCAAAUCUGUACAGAAAUGUUAAUAGGAAAUGUUGAAGAAACAACCUUUGAUAAAACAAGACUUGA